UUCUGUCUGCCUUUGGCCAUGGCCGCAUCACUCGUCCGGUCGCUACUCCUGCUGGCCUUACUGGGAGCCCUGCCAGGCGCCGGGGCCGCAUGUCCCGAACCCGCAGUCCUGAAGCCCGCCGACGGGCCCCGCGUGUGCGCCCGCCUCUUCGACAAGAGCGAUGCCUACUACGAGAACUGCUGUGCGGGCGCCCAGCUGAGUCUGGAGCCUGGGGCCGACCUGCCCUACCUGCCCUCGGACUGGUACCACAGCGCCUCCUCCCUAGUGGUGGGUCCCCGCUGUGAGCUCACUGUCUGGUCUCGUAAGGGCAAAAGCGGUAAAACCCGCAAGUUCUCAACCGGAGCUUACCCGCGGCUAGCGGAGUUUCGCCUCGGGAUAUUCGGAAAUUGGAACAACGCCAUCGCCGGUCUCUACUGCAAGUGUAACUAAGCCGGCCCGGGGCGCAAGGAGCUCCCCGCGAGGACCCUUUUCCAAGCCAGAGCCAGCCUUGGACCCCGACCCCGUGCCCUUCUCGUUGCCACCUGCUGACCGGCCACAUGCCCAGAUGAGCCCCUGGACCCGGCUCGGGUGCCCCUAGAGCAUCACUCACCAAGUGCGGGGACCCAGGAGACAGCUCUCAGCCAGAACUCCACCUCCAAGAGCCCCAGACACUUGACACUUACUAGCUGUGUGACCCUGGGCAAGUCACUUAACCCCAACACCUGGUACCCCCAGUCCAGCCCAUUAGCUGUCUAGGGCUAGGAGAGCUCACUCUAGCCCCAGAAUCUGAGAGUUUCCAGCUGUCACCAGUGACAGUCCUGCCAGGAUUCCCAGUUGGGCCCUUUGCCUUAUCCCAUAAGUGAUCAUCUGAAUCUCUCCUCACUACACCACAGCUGCCCUGGACCACUGAGGCUGAGCUCAGAGUGAACCAGGAGACCAGGCACCCAGCCUAGGAAGCCCCCAGCUCACCUGACCCUUCUUAUCUUCUUAGCCCCAUCUUUCUGCACCCCUACCCAUUUCUGCUAAUAAUCUGGGGACAUCAGCCCCAGAUGCUGCCAUCCCCUGGAUAAAGAGCUUUGGUGAAAAGAUU